GUCCCCACUGUCACCAAAGAGUCGCCGCACUCUCGUGCCCAACAGCUGUUGCCUGCUUGUGGCCUGUGCACAUCACUUGAGGGAAUUAAGUCCGACCGGUUAGCAUCGCAUUUGGAGACGAGAGCGAACAGACGCCUUUUCACGUUUUUUGUUUUCUUUUUAUAAGCAUACAAGCAGCGAUAUGAGCGAUUCCACUGGACGGCAACGGAGAGAAGGAGAAUAGUGGAUUUUGUUUCCUGUAGUUGGUACGGCGCAGAAGAGGAGUUACUCAAAAGUUUUAGACAUGAAGAAGGACAUAGACGCAUUGAUAGCAGAGGAACGUGCAGACAUCCUUUCCAAAUAUGACCAGGGCAGGCAAGACGGUGUCAGUAUUGACCCGUGGGAGGAUGCUGACUACAGCAUCUAUAAGGUGAUGGACCGCUUCGGCUUCCUGCAUGAGAAAGAGUUACCGACACCCAGUGUGCUUGAAGAAAAGCAAAAGCAGCAAGAGAUUGAUCGUGUGGAGAAGUGGCUAAAGAUGGUGAAGACCUGGAACAAGUAUAAGAAUAGUGAAAAGUUGGUGAAGCGUGUAUAUAAAGGCAUCCCACUCCAGCUCAGAGGCCAGGCCUGGGCCUUACUUUUGGAAAUAGAUAAGGUUAAAAAAGAAAAUGAGGGCAAAUAUGAGAAAAUGAAGCUGCAGGCUCGCAACUUCUCCACAGAGAUCAAACAAAUUGACUUGGAUGUGAACAGAACCUUCAGGAACCACAUCAUGUUCAUGGACCGCUUUGGAGUCAAGCAACAGGCACUCUUUCACGUACUAGCAGCCUACUCAGUCUACAACACGGAGGUCAGCUACUGUCAGGGGAUGAGUCAGAUCGCUGCAGUCCUGCUCAUGUACCUGAACGAGGAGGACGCCUUCUGGGCUCUGUCCCAGCUCCUCACCAACAGCAAGCAUGCCAUGCAUGGUUUCUUUAUCCCGGGAUUUCCCAAACUGCAGCGUUUCCAGGCCCACCAUGAGCGGAUACUUUCCAAAAUGCUGCCUAAACUGAGGAAGCAUCUGGACAAGGAACAGAUGUCAUGUGGGGUUUACACCACCAAGUGGUUCCUGCAGUGCUUUAUUGACAGAAGCCCCUUCACCCUCACUCUGCGCUUGUGGGACAUCUAUAUUCUGGAAGGAGAGAAGGUGCUGACUGCUAUGGCUUACACAACCCUCAAGUUACACAAAAAGCGUUUGCUGAAGUUUCAGUUGGAGGACCUGAGGGAGUUUCUUCAAGAGCAGCUCGCUGCUUCCUUCCUGCUUCCAGAUGAUGUCGUGGUGGAGCAACUGCAGGCGGCCAUGUCUGAGCUACGCAGUAAAAAGUUGCACCAACCUCCUCCAGGCAAAUCAGAGGAGCUACCAAAGAAGCCCCUCGGUCAAGAGAGGCCAAUUGUCCUACUCCCUCUGCAGCGUGACUCUCCUCUAGAAGUCAAAAGUGAUCUACAGCCUCGCAGCCAGUCUAAUACGGACAGCAUCACUUUCCAAGAAACCAAGGCCCAGGACUCAAGAAGUCCCAGCAGGUCCAACGCACUUUCCUUGGGAUCACCUGACCCAGCUGCGCAUCUCACGAAAGCAACAUCUUCUCCCAGAGCAUUCCCAUUACCUCCCAAACCAGCAAAACCCCAUGCUAAGGUAAAUGAUGGCAGAGAUGAGAAGGAAUGUGGGCCUGAGAAAACACAAGGAGGCAAACUUUGUGGAUCCCCAGACACCCAAAAGGAGCCUAUUGAUUGGCCCCCUCCAUAUGAAGCCUCUCCUGGGGAUGCGCUGGAAGUGAAUCCAGACGAGAUGGUAGACCUGCCAGAUCUCCCACCUCCACCGUUGUUUUACCCAACAGAGGAGGAGCCAACGGUCACUCCACCAACCCAGCACCAUUCAGCUCCCAAAUUGGUGGGUUCAUCGAAGCCAUCUCUCCCCCCCAAACCGUUCAUGUCCCCUCCCUGUGGCUUCACGGCAUCUUCCUCUCCCAGGCUUGCUCCCCACAAGCCCACCAAGUUCCCAGUGUCUCUGUACGUGCCGGCAUCUUCAGCUGACAGGAGGCCUUCCAACACUUCCCAGUACGACAACCUGUCCGAAGCCGAUGAGGACGAGCGCUGCCCCGAGAGGUUGUUAGACUCCACCCCUGAGGAGGUUUCUUUCGACACAGACUAUGACCCCGCUCGCAACCCACUACCUCCUCCCCCCAUCUUCAUCCCCCCGUCGCCGUCUCCUCGCCCUCCCUCGUGCCGUGCUUUACCUAGUUUGCCUCAGGAGCCGGAAUAUGAAGGAGAGGACCGCUGGGUGGAGGACUCCGUCAUCAUCCCCCCUCCUCCCCACAGCUUUGCUGACAGACUCUCUCCCUUUCAGUGCCACAGACCCACCUCACCCACCGCCUAUUCCAAGGCUUUCGCUCGCUCCCCCAGGGACCGUUCUGCCUUCCCGGCACCACUCUUGUACACCAAGUCUCCACUGGGCACUCCCAGGCUCUUGGAACAGUCUGGCCACUGGGUGCCGAAAGCUGCAUCCAGCCCAGACUUUUGCAGGAUGCCUACGGGUGGACAGCAGCUGCCGAAGUCAAUCACCUUUUGAAGUGCAAUCCGCAUAUUGACCGAUCCUACCAGGAUGAAACAUUUCAGUUGAAAGGCCAGUAGUAACUAUUCGGUGCGUCUCCAUAGCAAAGCAUUUGAGCAUUUAUUCUAUAACCCAUUAGUUUGCUGAAUUGUCCAUUUUCUAGUACACUCUUUGUCCUCACUAGUAAGACAGGGCAGAAGACUAGAAUGACUUACCCCAAGUUACCUAUAUUCCCAACUACUGAAUUAACUUUUUGUGCACUAGUAGAACAACUGGGGCACACUCGGAGAAAAACUGGGCCAUGUUAGUACAUCCACUGUCUUACCAGUGACUUCAGAUGUCCCUCCUACCUCAGAGGACUAUCUAUGGCUGCCUUGUAACAUUUUUUUUCACUAUCGUAUGGCAUUAUAGCACACUAGUCGAACAACUGCCUGAUACUCUUCAGGCAAAAUUGCACAACUUCUCAACUCGUACAAUUUUCACUGGUCACUAGUAAUACUAGUAGUGGGCAGUUGUCAACUAGUGUACAGUUUUUCAUCUCUAGUAACGUGUAGUUAUUAAUACGCAAAAUUGCCAUAGAGUAGUGGGGGAAAAAAUCAGUCGCUGUACUAGUGCACGAGUAGGAUAUUGAAUACAUACUCAAAUGUCAUUCCAUAGUUUCGAUAAGGUUGUUUGUAUUGUUUGGUCAACAUGCCCACAUUUCCAUGAUAGAACCUUUUUUUUUUAAAGGUUUUUUUCCAAUUGUCAUUUUGUACUUUAAACUGUUUGCCUUACCACGCACAUUGCAAGUGCAUUGAUGUUCCUGUUUUUAUAAUACUGUGUCAUUUUAUACAACAACAGGCACAACUUAAUGAAGCCACCACUCCUUCAUGUGUGGUUCUCCUCAAUCUUUGUCUUAAAUGGAGUCCCGGUAGCGUCUGGGUGCUCUCAUUUGGUCCGUCGGUUCCCAUGAAGCCUUUAAGGUGAAGGCUGGCUCUCAACUGCUGUUUGUCAAAAUGUAUUCAAUAUCUUUAAGUCAAAGAGCUAUGACGUUAGUUUGAGAGUUUGGUAACAUAUGAAGGGAGGUUAUGGUCAUAUCAGUUCAUUCAUUUCUUAGAAAAGGCAGCAUUGGAUACACUAUUCAUUUUAUUUCUCACUUUCCCGCAAGUAACUUUACAUUGUGUAAAUCAAAGAUGGAAACAUCUGUCAUGUGUAUUUGAAAAGUAGAAAAUGAUCACUUGUGAAAAACAUCUCUGCCGGUAUUCUUUUUGUGUAUUCUAAUUGUAUAUGUUCACUCACGUUUGUAUGUUUUGACAAGAUUACGUGGUGCGUGGGCAUGUAGUUAUUUUUCUUUAUGAAGGCAUUUCAGACACCCUUGUGAGAAUAUGAUAUUUAAUAUUUUCUGUGUACAUACUGUCUGAGUUUGUCACUUCAAGCUCGUUAUUGUAAUCACUCAGAAAAAUGUCAAAAGAAAAGGAAGUUAAGCCAUGUUAAAAGUUUGAAACUUUUGGAACAGAUCCCAAUAUUUAUCAGGAGUGAUUCUAAACCCCACAUUAUUUACCGUACAUUGUUGCUGUAAAUGUUAUUUUGACUGAUAAAUUAAUGUCCUAUCACAGA